AUGUUCCCAGGACAAGAAAGAAGAGAAAUUGAAAUAUGUGUUGCAAAAGUUGGAGAACUUUAUUCAUUUUUGGGGGUUUCAAAAACAUCAACAACAAAAGAGAUAACAUUUGAGUUUUUAAGAAUUAAAAAUAAAUUGGGUAUUGAGGGGGAUGAAAUUAAUAAUUUGGAAAUGGAUAAAUUAAAAAAAAAUUAUUAUGAACCAUCGUUAUUAUCAUACAAUAUUUUAACAAAUCCAAUAGCCAGAUCAAUGUAUGAUAAUGAAUAUUAUGAAAUUGCAUUAUUAUUAAGUGAAAUUAAUAAUAAUAAUAAAAAAAAAAAAAAAAAAAUUUUCAUUUAUCAAUUACUAUCAAACACACUUGAUUUAAUAUUAGUUAAUAUGAGUAAAAAAGGAAAUCAAUCAAUUUUAAAAAUGGCUGAAAUGAUUUAUGAAAGAAAUGGUCCAACUUCAUUCUUUAUUGGUGGUGCAUAUAACCUAUGUGGUGCUAUAAUUCAUUCGAAAUUAAUCUGUAAUCCAAUCAAUGCAAUCAUUUUAAUGUUAGUUGGCGAGGAAAGUGAAAAAAUAAUGAUAAACUCUGAUGGUAUAUUAAGUGCAAUAACAUAUUAUCCAAUUAGAUUUAUUAUUGAUUGUCUUUUCUUAUCACCUUUUACAACUUCACCAAUUAAAGUUAUAAAUGAUAUAAUACUAGGUAGAGAUGGUAGUGCCGUUGGUGAUAGUGAAAGUUCAAAUUUAUUUUAUUCAUUUACUUCAAGUAUUUCAAUAUUAUUACUCAAAAAAUUAAUUGAUAUUUCAAUUAUUAAAAUUGAUAAAAUAAUAUUAGAGAAUGUUAAAAAAAACAACAACAACAACAGUAAUGAAUCAAAAUUUUGGAAAUAUUGUGAAAUUAUUUAUUGUAAUUCAAUUACUCAAGGUAUAUUAAGGGCAUCUUUAUUACAUCCACUACAAAUCAUUCGUUUACAAUAUCCAUACGAAUUUGUUGAAUCUUAUUUACAAGGCACUCCAAUUCCAGAAGUAAUCGGUCCAAUUUCAAUGGCUAUUAAAGUUUAUAAUCAACAAGGUUUUUCAAAAUUCUUUAAUGGUUUCUCACUUGCAAUUCCAUUUUAUAUUAUUCGAUCUAUUUCAACUAGAAUUUCUCCUCCAAGAAAUUUAAAUCUUUAUUCUGAUUAA